AUGUUUUUCAAUCGCAAUACUACUUUUUGUGAAGACGAUUGGAAUAAUCCCGUUCAGGAUGAGAAGCUUCCAUUACAAUUUGAUGGCUCAUAUUUUGUGAAAAAUCUUGAUGAUAAACUGCUAUGUGAUUUGACACGAAGAGAUGAAAUUCGACAACUUCUCAAACAUCCAGAAUCUAAUAUUCGGCAUACAUUCUCUCGAAAUACUUUCAUAUUGAGAUCGCCUAUUGAAUCCAAUAUCAAGUGCAAAACUUGUUCUCUCAUUAAUGAUCAAUCGGUUUACCAAUGGGAACUCAUUGAUCAUCAUGCUUCGCAAAAAUAUCUCAAACUUCGUGAAGAAUUAAAGCCACGUUCAAUAAAACGACUACUAAAAAAUAAAACUUAUUCGAUAAAUAAAGGUUAUAUAAGUGCACGGCUAAGGCAUCUGUCAUCAUUUGAAUAUAUACAAAAUUCUUUCAAAAAAGCAGGUGAUGAAGACAAUCCAUUUUAUAUAUUGUAUGCAUACACAAUGUGUCGAAAUUUCUCAACAAUUUUGAACAAUGAUUUGGCUCGAAUCAUCAUUCAUAAUCUGACAAAUAGUUGCAGUAGAUUCUGUUGUGACUGCCUUUAUUCAACUGAGGACGGCACCAAAUCCAUUGUCACUAUUCUUCUGUAUCAUCCUCAAUUUGAACAUCUAAACUUUGUUGGCGAUGUAUAUCGCGGUUUUGUCAUUAAAAAAUGGAGACUUUCUCAUUAUACGGAAGGAUCUUGCAUCAUUACAACAACAUUUCUUUCUACUUCGAAAAAUCGUAAGAUAGCUGAGUUCUUCAGCGGACAAGAUGAUACAUCACUGCAUACCGAUGAUAUAUCUAUCUUGUGCAUAUACAAAAUCAAUAAUAAAGAUCGAACAGCUCUUUACAUUGCUGAAUAUUCGAAAUUUCAAGAAGAAGAAGAAGUUUUGAUCUUACCAUAUUCAUCAUUUAAAAUUAUGAAAAUCGUGAUCAAUAAUGAACAACAAUAA